ACUGUCAUUUUUCAGAACCAAAGCUUAAUGUCAAAACAAAAAAAAGCAUUCAUCGAUUAUUUUGUAACAAUUUUUGCAUAAACUACAAGUGUUGAAACGAUAUUUAAACCAACAAUGUCAGACCACAUCAAGCCAAAACUGUCGCUCUCUGAAGACAUGUUCACAAAUUUUACGAUGCGGAAUAAAAAGGGAAAAUCUCACAACAUCGACUCAGACCCGGGAACGGCUUACGAAGUGUACAGGAAUAACACGACGGCCGUCGAAGUUAUAGUUAAAGAAGUUCCGAAAGGCAAGAAGCAUUCACCAACUCCAUCAUCAGACUACCAAGAGCUGAUGAUCCGAAAGCUUCACGAGGAAGUCGACCGACUCACGUACGACUUGAACGAGGCGAGCAGCUUACUGUUCAAGUCCCGAAACGGGUUCCUCGCAAUAAUACGCGAAAUGAAAAAGCAACUGGACGUAGCAAACCAACGAGAAAUCGAUACACAGACAAAGAAUCUCGCUUUACAAUUGGAGAAUGAGAAAUUAAAAACGUUUCUUCAUGCAAAAUCAAAUAUGAUGGUUAAAUUGAAGAAGGAAUUGAAUAGUAUGAAGAGGGUCAUGAGGUUCGUGAUAAAGAGCAUAUGCUAUGCGCCGCAGGUGUCACAGAACGUGACGCUCAGCUCUGAUCCCGACUAUGACGACUUCGAGAACGACUUGAAGAGGGGUGUCAAGGUGAAAUUUACCGGGAACAUGUACGAAGAAAUAGGGACAUUGGAUAGCACUGUUUCCAAAGAUGGCAAAAUUUCAUUCGAUAAGCGUCUAUUUUAAUAUUUUAUUGUACGUUUUAUGUGAAGUUUUUGCGUGCGUUGUUGUGAACUUGAUGAAUGGUAAGAAAUAUUUCUUUUUAGUUUUAUUAAAUAUUUCGAACAAUGUU